UGCUCAGGUCUUUGUGCAAGGCUUUCUGGGCAGAAGAUGACUUGUUGCACUUCCUCCAUUGCCAUCUUUAGGAUGGUUUCAGCAGUACCUUCGUUCAGAAAAGAAAUGGAAUCUAGUAUAUCAGACUACUACAGUAAAGACAAUGAAGAAGAAAGCUUGCUUGCAAAUGUUGCUUCACUGAGACACGAGCUAAAGUUAACAGAAUGGAAUUUGCAGAGUUUAGGGGAAGAGCUAUCCAGUGUUAGUCCAAGUGAAAAUUCUGAUUUUACCUCUAAUCCCUCAAGGUCUGAAAGGCUCAUUUUGGAGGAUCUUUCUCAGCCUAGCCACUCGGGACUUGUGAAUUACUUUCCUUAUAAGAAUGUUUGUAAGACAUCUGGUAGUACCACUGAUUUUCAAAAAAAGUCAAGAGAUAAGAUGCCUUUUCCAUCUUCUCCUUCAGUGGAUCAGGAAAUUAAAAACCUUCGAGAGAAACUUAAUAAACUGAGGCAGCAGAAUGCUUGUUUGGUCACACAGAAUCAUUCUUUAAUGACUAAAACAGAAUCUGUCCACUUUGAAUUAACACAAUCGAAAGCAAAAAUUUCUAUGCUUGAAUCUGCUGAACAACUGGCAGCCAACAUCCCAAUCUUAGAAGAACAGAUCAUUAAUUUGGAAGCAGAAGUUUCAGCUCAAGAUAAAGUUUUGAGAGAGGCAGAAGAAAAAUUAGAGCAGAGCCAGAAAAUGGUGAUUGAAAAGGAACAGAAUUUGCAAAAGUGCAAAGAGGAAUGUAUAAAGUUGAAGGUGGACUUACUUGAACAAAGUAAACAAGGAAAAAGAGCUGAACGACAAAGGAACGAAGCAUUGUACAAUGCUGAAGAGCUGAGUAAGGCUUUUCAGCAGUAUAAAGAAAAAGUGGCUGAGAAGCUGGAAAAGGUUCAAGCUGAAGAAGAAAUACUAGAGAAAAAUCUUAAUAACUGUGAAAAAGAAAAUAAACGGCUACAAGAAAAGUGUAGUCUUUAUAAAAAUGAACUUGAAGUUCUGAAGGAGAAAUUAAGGCAGUUAAAAGAAGAAAAUAACAGUGGGAAAGAGAAAUUAAGAGUUAUGGCAGUGAAAAAUUCAGAAGUCAUGGCACAGUUAACUGAAUCUAGACAGAGUAUUCUGAAUCUAGAGAGUGAGUUAGAGGACAAGGAUGAAAUACUGAGAGAAAAGUUUUCUCUAAUGAAUGAAAACCGAGAAUUGAAGGUCCGGGUUGCAAUGCAGAAUGAACGACUGGAUUUGUGCCAACAAGAAAUUGAAAGUUCAAGGGCAGAACUGAGAAGUUUAGAAAAAACGAUAUCCCAGUUGCCAUUAAAAAGAGAAAUACUGAGUUUUAAGUCAUGUCUUUCUAAGCACCAGAUCAGCAGUCUGGCAAACAAGGAAGAUAAUUGCAUUGGCUGCUGUGAAGCAAAUAAAUUGAUGAUUUCGGAACUGAGGAUUAAGCUUGCAAUCAAAGAGGCAGAAAUUCAAAAGCUUCAUGCAAAUCUGACUGUGAGCCAGUUGUCUCAGGCUCUUCCUGCUUAUCAUGAUGGCCAGGACAGUGGCAAGUUGCAUGCUUUAGAAACAGAACCUGUAAAACUAGGUGGUCCUCAAGGAGAAAGUAUAAAAGAUCACAAUCAGCACACUGUGAACAAGCAAUAUGAACGAGAAAGGCAAAGGCUUGCCACAGGAAUAGAAGAGCUGCGUUCUAAGCUGAUGCAAAUAGAAGCUGAGAAUUCUGACUUGAAGGUCAACAUGGCACACAGAACUAGUCAGUUUCAGCUGAUUCAAGAGGAGCUGCUAGAAAAAGCUUCCAACUCUAGCAAACUAGAAAGCGAAAUGACAAAGAAAUGUUCACAACUUUUAACUCUAGAGAAACAGUUGGAAGAAAAAAUAGUUGCAUAUUCAUCUAUUGCUGCAAAAAAUGCAGAACUUGAACAGGAGCUUAUGGAAAAGAAUGAAAAGAUAAGAAGUCUAGAAACCAAUAUCAAUACAGAGCAUGAGAAAAUUUGUUUAGCCUUUGAAAAAGCAAAGAAAAUUCAUCUUGAACAGCAUAAAGAAAUGGAAAAGCAGAUUGAAAGACUUGAAGCGCAACUGGAGAAAAAAGACCAACAAUUUAAGGAACAAGAAAAGACUAUGUCCCUGUUGCAACAAGAUAUAAUAUGUAAACAGCAUCAUCUUGAGUCACUAGAUAGACUAUUGACUGAAAGUAAAGCGGAAAUGGAAAAGGAAAAUAUGAAGAAAGAUGAAGCUUUGAAAGCUUUACAGAACCAAGUAUCUGAAGAAACAAUCAAGGUCAGACAACUAGAUUCAGCAUUAGAAAUCUGUAAGGAAGAGCUUGCUUUGCAUUUGAAUCAAUUGGAAGGAAAUAAGGAAAAGUUUGAAAAACAGCUGAAGAAGAAAUCUGAAGAGGUGUAUUGUUUGCAGAAAGAGCUAAAGAUAAAGAAUCACAGUCUUGAAGAGACUACUGAGCAGAACGUCAUUCUACAACAUACUCUGCAGCAGCAGCAGCAAAUGUUACAGCAAGAGACCAUGAGAAACGGAGAGCUGGAGGACAUUCAGAUGAAGCUUGAAAAGCAGGUAUCGAAGCUGGAACAAGAGCUUCAAAAACAACGGGAAAGUUCAGCUGAAAAGUUGAGAAAAAUGGAAGAGAAGUAUGAAGCAGCUGCACAUGACGCCGAUCUGAAAAGACAAAAAGUUAUCGAGCUUACUGCUGCUGCCAGACAAGUAAAACUAGAGGUGGAUCAGUACAAAGAAGAGGUGUCUAAGAUGGAAAAAGAAAUAGCACAUCUAAAACGAGAUGGAGAAAGUAAAGCAAUGCAUCUCUCACAAUUAGAUAUGGUCCUCGAUCAAACAAAGACAGAGCUGGAAAAGAAAACGGCUGCUGUGAAGGAGUUAGAAAAGUUACAGCACCACACUGAAACUGAACUAACAGAAACCCUGCAGAAACGUGAGGCCCUGGAGACCGAGCUGCAGAAUGCUCAUGGAGAAUUGAAGAGCACUUUAAGACAGCUGCAGGAGUUGAGAGAUGUGCUCCAGAAGGCUCAGCUGUCCUUAGAGGAAAAGUACAGCACCAUUAAGGAUCUCACAGCUGAGCUCAGAGAGUGCAAGAUGGAGAUUGAAGACAAAAAGCAAGAACUCCUUGAGAUGGACCAGGCGCUGAAGGAGAGGAACUGGGAGUUGAAGCAGAGAGCAGCUCAGGUCACACAUUUGGAUAUGACUAUUCGUGAGCACAGAGGAGAAAUGGAGCAAAAAAUCAUUAAAUUGGAGGGUGCCCUGGAGAAGUCAGAAUUGGAGCUUAAAGAGUGCAACAAACAGACAGACAGUUUAAAUGAAAAAUUGCAAAAUACCAAAGAACAGCUUCGAGAAAAAGAGUUUGUGACACUACAAAAUGAACAGGAGAUAAGUCAACUGAAAAAGGAAACUGAAAGGACACAACAAAGGAUGAAAGAAAUGGAAAGUGUUAUAAAGGAGCAAGAACAGUACAUUGCCACUCAGUACAAGGAGGCUUUAGAUUUGGGGCAAGAAUUGAGACUAACCCAGGAGCAGGUGCAGAACUCUCACACUGAGCUGGUGGAGGCCCGUCGUCAACAAGUGCAAGCUCAGAGAGAAGUGGAAAGGCUUUCUACUGAGCUGGAGGAGAUAAAGCAGCUCUCUAAGGAAAAAGAAGCUCGUGGCAAUCAUUUAGCUGAAGAACUGGGGGCAUCUCAAGUGCGUGAGGCUCACUUGGAAGCAAGAAUGCAAGCAGAAAUCAAGAAAUUGUCCUCAGAAGUACAUUCUCUCAAAGAAGCCUACCACAUGGAGAUGAUUUCACACCAAGAGAGCCAUGCAAAGUGGAAGAUGUCUGCCGACUCUCAAAAGACUUCUGUCCAGCAGCUAAAUGAACAAUUAGAGAAGGCAAAGCUGGAGUUAGAAGAGGCUCAGGACACUGUCAGCAGUUUACAUCAGCAGGUUCGAGACAGGAAUGAAGUCAUUGAAGCUGCGAAUGAGGCAUUGCUCAUUAAGGAAUCAGAAUUAACCAGAUUACAAGCCAAAAUUUCUGGACAUGAAAAGACAGAAGACAUCAAGUUUCCAUCAGCUCUGUUUAUACCUCCAAUAAAUAUUCAAGAUCCAGAGCUUAGCAAACAUUCUCAGACAUCUUUUGUCAAGUACAGAAAACUCCGUCGCUGUAUUAGUGCCAGUGACCUUAGUUUCCAAAGUCACGGUAAUGAAGACCUUUCUGAAGAAUUACUACAGGACUUAAAGAAAAUGCAAUUAAAACACCCUUCCUCAUUAGAAGAAAGUCAUAAAGAUUCAAAGUCAGACUCAUUUAAACCUCUCACAUAUAACCUGGCAGAUGAUAGUUGUGAGAGUAAUGAUUUUAGUACCCUUAGUGGAAUGCUGAGGUAUAUAAACAAAGAAGUGAGACUACUGAAAAAGUCUUCUGUACAAGCAGGUGUUGGAUUAGCUCAGGGAGAAAACCUGUAAUGAAAAGAAGACGCCAGUGUGAUGGGAGUGGAGUUGUUGGUUCUGUGCUUAUUGUAUGCAGCACAUACUUCACAGAAACUG